GGCAGGCCUCAUCCACGGCGUCUUAGUCUCCGGGGCGCGCUGCAUCGCUGCAGUGAGAGGCGGUGAUGGUGCGACAACGAGGCAGAUUGCAAGAGGGUCUGGACGCUGUCGAGCUUGUAACUUAGCUAAUGCGAGGCGUACCUGCAAGGGGAUCCGUAUUACAAUUGCUCAGCAGCAUCGAAGCUGGAGGGGUGACUGAGUGCAUCAUGGGGCCGAGGGCUUUCCCGACAGUGAAGGGCAAAGAACAUCCACGAACGUCGAUGACACUGGAUGGAAUGGAAGGCCGGAGGAUUGGAGGGAGCCGCAAUCCUCUCUUGAACAGGGGCGGGCCGAUGAAGACUCGAAGUUCAACAGCACGAUGCCAGCGAGGACAAAGGAAUCGCUAAGACGUGCGAUGCGCAAGAUGGACUGACAAAAAGGG